GUUUCCGUCAAGAAAUACGAUAAACAUGAGUACCUUCUAACGACUUUGCUUGCCAUCAUGCUUCCGCUGAAAAGAGGUUUCGUGGAUAUAAGCUCCACUGGCGAGAGAGAUAAUUUCACGAAUGUUGCACCCAACUUGACCCAUAGAGAGUCAGGCGCGCGUUUUACUCCACCCAACAGGAUUGCUGAUUCGGCUUUAAUAUGCCUUGGCAUGCUACCCGCCGUUGAGAUCAGGCUUCUCACCACCUCUCUCUCCCUUUCUGAAAUCACCCAUGCAACAACGAGGUCUUUUGAUAACUCAAAUUAUCACUUUGUUCUUCAGCGAGAGGAUGGAGCUGGAUACCUCGCAUGCAGUCCAGGCAACCUUGUUGCUUCGUUGAAUACUCCUUUCAGCCAGGCCACCAACCAAAUCUUACUGGAGAUUCCAUCAGUGGAUUUUGACUUCUAUGUCACACGCCAAUCGUGGUCCAAGGUGUUUCGUUCACAGACAACUGCCGAAAAGAAUCCCAUUUUGAAUGCUGGGGUUAAUGUUUCUGCAAACGCGUCCACGCUGAUAGACGUAGGCAGGCUACUAUCGGCCAAGAGAUUGUACCUCCAACGUCCAGCUUGUCAAAUUCCCGGUCAAAUAUACCAGAAUCCUCACUAUGUCAAAUUCCCUGGGAUAGAGCCGCGAACACUUGAGGAACGCAAAGCCGAAGCUCGAUCUGAUAUUGAUAGCAUUGCGGAGACAAACGCGCAGAAAGAGAUUGACAAAGAUGACCUGAAGAAUGAGUUCGCAGUUGUUUUUGGUUCCUUGAUCAGAUCACAUUGCUUAAGUGAAUUUGCAGCCGACAGAAGGAUCAGAACCAGUCUUACGCCGUACCAAAAAGGAGGUCUGGAUUUCAUUUCUCAACGAGAGUUCGGUCCUGUACAACCACGGUUCUCACUUUGGAAAGAUAUGCCUGGCGAGUAUGACGGGAAGACUUGUUAUUCCCAUGUAAUCUCAGAAACUAAAACUUACGACAAACCUGUUGAGACUUGGGGUGGCAUUUUGGCAGACGACAUGGGCUUAGGAAAGACUCUCACAAUGUUGGCCAACAUUGUUGCGACUUUGAAGGAUGCAGCAACCUUUCAGGAUUCGUCAACUUCGACGAGUGAGGCCCAUUUGACAGACGAAGAGAUACUUCAUCGAUCAAGAGCAACAUUAGUUCUCGUUCCUUCUCAAAUGCUCAUCAAGUCCUGGAAUGAAGAAAUAAACAAGCAUAUUUAUGGUGGUCUCAGAGUCUGCGAAUAUCAUGGCCGAGGCCGAGAGACAAAGGUGGAGGCGAUCGCGAACGCUGAUGUUGUGCUGAGCACCUACCACACAGUCGCUGGUGAAAGCACGAAGACGACUAGUCCGCUGUUUCGGAUCCACUGGUUCAGAAUUGUUCUAGACGAAGCACAUAUCAUUCGUACAGCCUCGACCCUCUUCUUUGAGUCGGUGAGACGACUCGAAGCCAAACUCAGGUGGUGCGUGACAGGUACCCCGGUACAAAACGGACUAGAAGAUCUUGGCUCUUUGGUGGCAUUUCUGCAAGUGCCCAUGCUUGAUACACGACUCGAGUUCAAGCAGCAUAUUAUAGAUCCGUUGGUGAGGAAACAUGGAAGCGGUGCAUCCAGUCUCAGGGUACUAUUAGACUCUAUUUGCCUCCGUCGACUUAACAAACUUCUCGAUCUCCCUGAUGUCAAUGACAUUUAUGAGGAGAUUGAUUUGUCCGAUGCAGAAAGACUGCAGUACGACAACGCUCAUACGGAGAUGUCCAAUGAGAUCAAGAGACAAGUAAACCUCGAGAAGUCCAAGCGCGGUUACUUUGGAAUCCUGGAGCUUGAAAUGCGGCUCCGUCGCAUGUGCAAUCAUGGCACUUUUGAGAGAUCACGACUGGAAGAUAAAGUAUCGGAAAAUUACAACAGUUUUGACGCAGUAAGCUCGACGAUGUGUGAUUCUUGCAAAACGGACUUGUCAGAUAAAAUACUGGUGGACAGUUUAUGCAACGGGCAUUAUACAACAUGUGGUCAUCUAAUUUGUUCUGAAUGUCUUCCACAGUUCGAACAAGCUCUUGCCACAGCCAAGGAUGCCAAAGAUAGAGUCUGCCCACUCUGUGGACAAGAGUUGCCAGGGGAUUAUCUUGUGCUAAGUAGAGCUGAGGCGAUGCUUGGCCAGAUUGGACGCCAGCUACAGGAGUGCCCUUUAUCUUUCCGACCAGACGGGGUUUCUUCCAAGAUAAAGGCUCUGCUCACAAAUAUCGAGAAUACCAGCGCUCAAGAUAAGAGCAUCAUUUUCUCUGGUUGGACAAGAACCCUGGACCUGAUCGAGCAGCAUCUUAAGAAAGGCAACAUUAAUUUCAGAAGAAUUGAUGGAAUGUCCUCUCUCCCUGCGCGAAACAAGACACUCGAAGAGUUCCGAAAAGAUUCCAAGAUUCGGGUAUUGAUAAUGACUACCGGAACUGGUGCAGUUGGUCUCAAUCUCGCGGUGGCCAGCUCAGUUCACAUCUUUGAGCCUCAAUGGAAUCCUAUGGUAGAGUCGCAAGCAGUAGCCCGAGUCGUGAGGCUUGGCCAAAAGAAGAAAGUCUCGAUCAUACGCUACAUUGUUCGAGGCACUGUAGAACAGACUAUGCGUUCCCAACAACAGCGGAAAAUCGCCCUGGCAGACCUUGGAUGGACUAAAAAACAUGGCUAGUAGAUAUCAAAUUGGAAUCUACUUGAAUGUCAACCUGGAGAUGCAAGAAUGUGUGUGGCCUUCCUGUGGCCUUCUAAUUUUCACUUACAUUCUGUAUCACAUGUUAGUUUUAAUCGGAAUAAUACUGCUUUAGAUUUCACGGGGCCACGGUCUACUAGAGAGAUGAAGUUAAAAUGCAUUCCCUAUAUUGUCU